CAAAGUUACUUUUCUUACUUGUGCUUUUUAUUUCUUUAUUGUUAUUAUUAGUAGUUCAGGUUGUUGGUUAUAAUGACUUAAAGUCUUAUGAAGUUACGAUUUGACAAAAACAAACGAUAAACCAUGCUAUAAUGAGUGAAGGUAGUAGAAAUCGUGAAACUUACACUUAUCCUGAAGGUGAUACCUAUGAAGGAGAAUGGUCUGAAGAAGGUAAAAAACAUGGUGCUGGUAUUCUAAAGUUUAGUGAUGGGACGACAUAUGAAGGACGUUUUACUCAUGGUCUAUUUAGUGGCUGCGGAGUAUUAAACUUUGCCGAUGGUGCUGUUUACAAAGGUGAGUUUUCUCAAGGUGUUUUCAAUGGUUUUGGAGUUUACGUAAGGUCCGAUCAGCUUAAAUACGAAGGAGCAUUUAAAAACGGAAGACCCGAUGGCCCUGGUAUUAUUACUUUUCCUGAUGGUAAACACGGAAACCCAAGACAAGAAGGAUUUUGGGAAGGUACAAAACUGAUUCGUAGAGAAAGAGUCAAACAUGCGCAAACUAUGGCAAGACAGUGCGCAAAAAGAGCAUCGUCACAAACUACUACCUAGUUCUAUAUGAAGUCGUAUAUAAAAUGAUGUAAAAUAGUUUUAGAAAAUUUUACAAAAUUUGAUAAAUUUUUAAACAAGAUUGUAAA